AUGCGACUACUCAUGUUUCGAGGCCGGUGGGAGAACACAUACCCUGUCGCUCCGAGCGCGGUAGAGGUGGUCAAAGUCAUCGAGGUUCAGAUACGGUCGGCCAGCGCCAAGAUCCGUACGGGCGAUAUUGGAUCAUUUGACGCCGGAGUUGUCAAGGAGGAGGACAGAGUGCACAUGCAGCAAGCUGGAAAGGGAGUGGUGUCCGGUAUUCUGCCGCUAUUUGAGGUGCUGGGCACACCGGUCAAGAGUAAGGCUAUCGAAGGUAUAGGUGGAGAUGAGAGGGAUUGA